ACCAUUACUCAUUUUUAUUGCAUCCCAUAUAAAUUUAAUGAGGAUAGAGUUGUAUUCGCAGUAGAGUACCUUUUAGUAUUGUAAGCUAUAACAAGUGUUAGCAUUGUACUGGUACCGUGACGACCCGAACUUAUACCGUCCGAACAAUGUCACUACUAGUACCAGUCUUCCAUUUUAUCUCUUUCGAUUGCUAUAUCAAGCGCUGGUAUCAUACAAAUACUGUAAUAAAUCGAACUGAUAGCAACUGAAUUCUCAUCGCAACGAAGUUAAAACUAGAUUUAACCUAAACCGGUUCGGAUCUAAACCAGCUUUAAUUAGAACCAAUAGGAUUUGAUUGAAACCGAAUAGUUUUUAAUGUUGAAAACUAACUACUUUUAUCACUGAACCUCCACCAUGAACUCGACGGUUCUGCAACCCACCACCACUACCCACGCAUCACACCCAUCCACCUUCUUCCCAGACUUCAAACACUGCAAAACAAAGCAACACUUGACUCAACUCCACGCCAAACUCAUCAAAACUGGACGCAUUCGCGACCCACUUGCAGCAGCCGAACUCAUCCGCUUCUGCGCACUCUCUAACCCACCUCACCAAGACCUCCAAUACGCCCUCCAAGUGUUCGACCAAAUGCCCCAACCAAACUGCUUCUCUUUUAACACCCUCAUCAGAGCCUUUUCCGACAGCAACGACCCAUUACAAUCUUUAUUUCUGUUUACCCACAUGACCCAAUACGACGACGUGUUGGUCAAGCCCAAUAAAUAUACAUUCCCAUCGGUUCUUAAAGCGUGUGCGAAAUUGGGUUGUUUGAAACAAGGGAAGCAGGUUCAUGGGCUUUUGUUGAAAUAUGGGUUGGAUAACGAUGGGUUUGUGUUGAGUAAUUUGGUUAGAAUGUAUGUCAUGUGUGGGGCUUUUAAUGAUGCUGUUGUGGCGUUUGAUUUGAGUAAGAUGAGUGAUGUGAUGGGUGAAGUGGUUUUGUGGAAUGUGAUGGUGGAUGGGUAUGUUAGAGUCGGGGAUGUUGGGAAUGCACGUAAGAUGUUUGAUGAAAUGCCUCAACGAAGUGUGGUGUCUUGGAAUUCGAUGAUUUCGGGGUAUGCGCAACACGGGUUGUUUGUGGAGGCGUUGGAGUUGUUUAGGGAGAUGCAAAGGGAAUGCAGUGUGGCGCCGAAUUAUGUUACUUUGGUUAGUGUGCUCCCGGCGGUUUCGAGGCUUGGUGCGCUUGAGAUUGGGAGGUGGGUGCAUUUUUACGCCGGGAGGAAUGGGGUUAAGGUUGAUUCGGUGCUUGGGUCUGCGUUGAUUGAUAUGUAUUCUAAGUGUGGGAGUAUUGACGAGGCGGUUCAACUGUUUGAUUCAUUGUUGGAAAAGAAUGUGAUCACUUGGAAUUCGAUAAUUAACGGGCUCGCGAUCCAUGGUCGAGCCGAUGAAGCUCUUUGUUAUUUCGAAAAGAUGCAGGAAAGUGGAAUUUCACCGAGUGAUGUAACGUAUAUUAGUGUGUUGACCGCAUGUAGCCAUGCCGGUUUGGUGGACAAAGGGUUGUCGAUAUUCAACAAAAUGGUUCAAACUGAUGGACUGACACCAAGGAUCGAGCAUUAUGGAUGUAUGGUUGAUCUACUUGGGCGGGCGGGCCGACUACAAGAGGCCGAAGAGCUCAUGCUCAAAAUGCUUGAUGAACCGGAUGACGUGGUUCUAAAGGCAUUACUUGGUGCUUGUAAGAAGCAUGGAAACAUCGAGAUUGGUGAACGUGUAGCGAAGCGUCUUCUUGAGAAAGAUCCAGAAGACGGUGCCCCGUAUGUAGCCCUGUCCAACAUGUACGCCUCUUUGGCGGACUGGGACGGGGUUAUGGACACGAGGUUGAUGAUGAGGCAAAACGAGGCUAAAAAGGACCCCGGGUGUAGUUGGAUUGAGGUUAAUGGUGCGAUUCAUGAGUUUGUUGUUGCAGAUGAAUCGCACGCGAAAACAAACUAUAUUUAUAUGAUGUUGGACGAAAUAAAGGAGAAGUUGAGGUUGGUUGGGUACAAGCCCGACACAAGUCAAGUUCACCUUAGGAUGGAUGAUCGCGAUAAAGAAUCGGCUUUACAACAUCAUAGUGAGAAGAUCGCGGUUGCUUUUGGUUUGAUCAGCACGACGCGUGAAACAACAAUUAGGGUAGUUAAGAAUCUUCGAAUAUGCGAUGACUGUCACUCGACGAUUAAACUUGUUUCUAGGUUAUACAGGCGUAGAAUCGUUGUGAGAGAUCGGAAACGAUUUCAUCAUUUUGAAAACGGGUCAUGUUCUUGUAUGGAUUACUGGUAAUUACUAAUUAUUCUAUAUAUAAAUAAGCAAAUUUUU